AUGUGCUUGAAGAAAUAUGUGACAGUUUGCCGUUUUUUGCACAGAAGCCUUCCUGAAAAAGAGAAGAACAGCAGACUGAUUCAGGCAGCGAAGGAGGAUGCAGUCGACGAGUUGCAGACGCUGCUGGCAGCUGGUGCGGACGUGGGGGCGAGAGAUGAGAGCGAGAUCAGGUACACCGCCCUCCACUGGGCAGCAGACAAGGGACAUGUGAAGGCUGCGAGGUGCCUGGUGGAGGGUGGAGCAGACGUGGACGCCAGGUGCAGCAGCUGGCAGGAGACUCCACUGCACAGGGCUGCAAUUAAUGGCCACGAGGCUGUGGCGCGGCUACUGCUGGAAGCAGGUGCAGAGGUAGAUGCCAGGAACAAAACGCAGAGCACGCCCUUGCUCUUGGCUGCGUAUCAUGGCCGUGAGGCUGUGGUGAGGCUGCUGCUGGCCGCCACUCCUUACCAUAACGCCAGGGAUAAGUGGGGGGAAACGCCAUUGCACAAUGCUGCUCUGAAGGGCCACGAAGGGGUGGCAUCGGCACUACUGGAGGCAGGGGCCGACCGGAGCUCCAGGAAUAACCAGGAUAAAACCCCACUGGACCUCGCCAGGCAGAAAGACCACCAGCAGCUGGCAGACUUGCUAAGGUGA